UAUAGCUCAUGAAAUGUCACUCUCCAAGUUAGAUUAAUUCUUCACCCCCAUGAUUAGCUAUUUAUUUUUGUUUUAUACAAUUUCAGUGUCAAGAAAAAAAAAAUACAGCCACGUCAUCACAAAUUGCUUUUAAAUACAACCACUACUUCUUCAACAAGCUAGAAUCAGAAACUCGAAUUCCGAGUAACAAAAAAAAAUGGAUGUAGAGAAAGUGUUCCACAUGACUGGAGGAGUUGGCAAAACAAGCUAUGCCAGAAACUCCUCACUACAGAAAAAAGUAUCGGAUAAGGUGAAACACAUACUGAUAGAAGCAGUAGAGGCUCUUUACAUUGAAACAACUCCAAAAAGUAUAGGCAUUGCUGAUUUGGGUUGUUCUUCUGGACCAAACACUCUCUCAAUUAUCAAAGAUAUCUUCCAGACAAUUCAAUCAACAAGUCACAAAAUCAUGCACCACUCUACUGAAUUCCGUGUCUACUUUAACGAUCUCCCAACGAACGAUUUCAAUUCAAUCUUCAAAGCUUUGCCUGAGUUUCAAAAGUUGCUCAAUCAAGAUAGGAAAAAUGAUUCUCCUUCCAUUUUCAUGGGAGGUUACCCUGGUUCAUUUUAUGGAAGAUUGUUCCCUAAUAGUUAUUUGCACUUUGUUCAUUCUUCCCAUUGUUUACACUGGCUUUCAAGGGUUCCUCCAGGAAUUUUCGACGAGGAGAAAAGGUCUUUGAACAAAGGUUGUGUUUACAUUUGUGAUAAGAGUCCUCAAGUGGUUUCUGAAGCGUAUUACAAGCAGUUUCAGGAAGAUUUUUCGUUGUUCCUUGAAUCAAGGUCUGAAGAAUUGGUUGUCGGUGGAAAAAUGGUGUUGACGUUUUUGGGAAGAAAGGGACCUCAGCAUGUUGACAGAGGCAAUUCAUUCCUUUGGGAGAUUCUUACUCGUGCUUUUACUAUUCUAGUCUCACAGGGAGAAAUAGAAGAGAAGGAACUUGAUUCAUAUGACGUGCAUUUCUAUGCACCAUCAAGAGAAGAAAUAGAAGAUGAAGUAAGGAAAGAAGGGUCAUUGAAAAUGGAGAAGUUGGAAAUGUUUGAGAUAGACAAGGAGCAAGGCAGGGAGAGUUAUGGUAGAGAGUUUGCAAAAGCAGUUAGAGCUGUCCAAGAAUCAAUUAUCUCUAAUCACUUUGGAGAAAGGAUUUUGGACAAUUUGUUUGAGAUUUUUGCAACAUUGGUGGAUGAAGAAUUUGCAAAGGAGGAUAUUAAACCAAUCACGUUUGUUCUUGUUCUUAGAAAAUUAUGACUGGGUGUAUACAAAUUUUAGUUUGGUAUAUUUUGAUUGGAAGUAAUGGGAUUAGCUUAAAAUUUUAUGCACCAAGUGUAUAUUUGUUCCUCUAAUUAAUCAAAUAUGUAUAAGUGCCUUUCCUUGUUGUA